AUGCAAGCGCCAUCCGCCUUUUUUGUUGAUCAAUGUCAAAAAGACGGAUUUAAUGUAUUUAUGUCACCGGAAAAGAUGGCACAACUAUCUUUCCGCGAAGGACAAGUCGUUCGAAUAAAAACUCAAUCAAAAGAAUCAAUUCUCGUCAAAUUGUAUUCGUCGAAGGAGGAAUGUCCAAUCGCAAACAUCCAAAUACCACGCGCUGUAAGAAAUAACAUUCACUGCUUCUUAGGACAAACAGUUGUCGUAGAAGCAGCUGAGAAAGUUGCAAAAGCCGAUGAUGUCAUUAUUUCUGCAGUAUCCGAGACAAUAGAUGGAAUAGAUGGGUCAAUCAUCGAUCUCCUUUACGCUUCAAACUAUGAUUUUGUCGGAAUGCCGAUAAGAAGGGAUCAGAUUAUUCCUGUCUACGCGCUUAACCGUGUUAUCGAAUUUAAAGUUGUAAACUGCUCUCCAGAAGAAGAAGUAAUCAUCCAAGACAAAGAAGUGAUUUUAUACAGAAAUCAACCAAUACAUCGCGAAAAUAUCAACUUCUCUACGGUGUCUUAUGAUUCUAUUGGUGGUCUCCACAAGCAAAUCGAUCAAAUUCGCAAAUUAAUAGAGUUUCCGCUUUUACAACCAAAAUUAGUUAGUUCUUUUGGUGUUCGACCUUCUUCCGGUAUCCUCAUCACAGGACAGUCCGGAUCUGGCAAAUCUUACGUUGCAAGAGCGAUUUCAAAUGAAACUCCCUGCCAUUUCGAAUAUAUCAAAGCGAUUGACCUCCUUACUAAAUCUCCUAACGAUGCCGCAUUUAUUCUCAAACGCUUCGUUGACAGAGUUUACGAGAAAGCUCCAUCAAUUUUAUUCAUCGACGACAUUGACUUGAUUUGCGAUCCCAUCUCUCUUACAGAUACAGCAACCGACAACCAUCUCUCCAACGCCCUCCUUUCCGCUAUCGAUCGGUGCAUUGACAAUCCACGCGUUGUUUUCAUCGGAACAGCGAAAUCCGCCGACUCAAUACCAAAAGAUUUCAAGCGCAGCCGUCGCUUGGACAAAGUCAUUGAGUUCCCAAUGCCAGAUCGCCAAGGCCGCGUUGAAAUCAUCAGAUGCUCCAUCAAAAACACUCUUCUCCACUCCGCGACCACUCCAGAAGACCUCGAACAGGGCACAGAGGGCCUCUCCGCCGGCGAAAUCGCAAGGACGUGCCAGAUGGCUCUUGUUCACCGCGCAAUGGAGAUUGUGCAGUCUCAGAACAGCGACGCCGACGUUUCCAUCGAGGUCCUUCAGUCGCUUGUUGUCGGAAAGAGGAGAUUCCAGAAGCUCCUUCCAAAUGGAAACAAAGAUUUCGGAUCUCCGCAGAAAUCUGACGAUCCUUUCGCUUUUGCCGAUGAGAAACCGCCCGCUAAGAACGAUGACCCGUUCGGAGGAAUGUCCGUGGCCGGCCAAAAGAAGAACAACGAUGAUCCUUUCAGCGGAAUGAAAGCCUCCAAAGCAAAGAACGACGACGACCCGUUCGCUGGAAUGUCGUCUGGAUCUGCUCCAUCAAAGAAGGAUAACGAUGACCCGUUCGCUGGAAUGUCGACGAAAUCUUCAGAUCCAUUCGGAAAUAAGUCAUCGGCAAACGAUGAUCCGUUCGGAGCGCCGGCAAAACCUGCUGCAAAUAAAUCAGCAGACCCGUUCGGAAACCCAGCUGCUUCAGAUGACCCGUUUUCCGUUCCAUCAAACAAUUCUAAGAAGUCCGACGACCCGUUCGCAGACAGCGACAACCCAUUCGGUGCUCCGAAGAAGGCUGAUGCCAAGCCAAAGAGCGAUGACCCGUUCGGAGCUCCAAAAGCUCAGAAAUCUGCUGAUCCGUUCGGAAACAACGAUGACCCGUUCGGAAUACCCGCAAAACCAGCCGAGAAGAAGGAUAACGAUGACCCAUUCGGUGCUCCAAAGGCAGCGAAAUCAUCAGAUCCGUUCGGAAAUAACGAUGAUCCGUUUGGAACUCCGAAACAGGACAACAAGAAGUCAGCCGACCCAUUUGGAAACAACGAUAACCCAUUCGGUGCUCCAAAGGCAGCGAAAUCGUCAGAUCCGUUCGGAAAUAACGAUGAUCCGUUUGGAACUCCGAAACAGGACAACAAGAAGUCAGCCGACCCAUUUGGAAACAACGAUGAUCCUUUCGGUGCUCCAAAGGCCCAGAAAGAUGAGUCGGAUCCAUUCGGAGCUCCGAAAUCUCAGAAAUCGUCAGAUCCGUUCGGAGCCCCAGCUGCAGCGAAGAAGGAUGAUGCUUCUGACCCGUUUGGAGCACCAAAGGCUCAGAAAUCUGCUGAUCCGUUCGGAAACAACAACAACGAUGAUCCAUUCGGAGCCCCAACAAAGCCAGCCGCAAAGGCUGAUGAUGAUCCAUUCUCUGCCAAACCAGCUCCAAAGGGUUCUUCUGACCCAUUUGGCGCUCCAUCUGCUAAUUCAAAUGGCAAUGAUGACCCAUUCGCUGCAAAACCAGCACAGAAGAAUUCAUCCGACCCAUUUGGAAACGGAAAUGACCCAUUUGGCGGCCCAUCUUCUAAUAAUAAGCCACAGAACUCUUCAGAUCCAUUUGGAGCUCCAUCAGGUAAACCACAGAAUUCAUCCGACCCAUUUGGAAAUGAUCCAUUCGCAGCUCCACCUUCAAAUAACAAAUCACAGGGCUCAUCAGAUCCAUUCGGUAACGGAAAUGAUCCAUUUGGCAACAGCAAGCCACAGAACUCAUCAGAUCCAUUUGGAGGACCAUCAAAUGAUCCAUUUGGCAAUCCUUCGAAUAACUCACAGAAAUCAGGAAAUCAGCCAAACAACAGUAGUGAUCCAUUUGCUGCUCCGUCAAACAAACCACAGAACUCAUCAGAUCCAUUUGGAAACGAUCCGUUUGGUUCCUCAGCCAAACAGCCACAGAACUCAUCAGAUCCAUUUGGAUCAUCUUCGAACAACGCAGGCGGCGGAUUCGACCCAUUCGGCAGCCAGUCCAGCGCUGGCCAGCCAAAGGAUCCAUUCGCCGGAAUGCAGAAGGUCGAUUUGAAGCAGGCGACGAUCGAAGACAAGAAGAAACAGCAGCAGCAACAGCCACAACAACCAGAGCAACCUCAAAAGAAAGUUAUUAAUGAUCCUUUCGCUCCGAGAAGGAAGAAAUAA